AUGGUGGAAGUUCUACGUACAUACCCAUUGGUCAUUGGCAUGGACACGACAUACAAGACUAACAAAUAUGGAUUUCCUUUCUUGGAGAUUGUUGGUGUUACACCGACAAAUCAGAAUUUUCUGAUCGCUUAUGCAAUUAUAAAAGAUGAGACGACAGACAACUAUCGAUGGGUGUUGGAAAAGUUGAAGAUGCUCCUCGGGGCCUCCCAUAUCAACAAUGAUGUAGAGGCUCAUGUUGGGAAGAUUUGUGGAAACAAGUUGAAUGGUGAAUAUUUCAAGAACGGGGUGUGGAAGAGAAUCAUGAAUGCUACUUCAGAGGAUGCAUAUAAUGCGGCAGUCGCAGACAUGGAAGAGAAUUGGUCAAGAUGGACGGCAAUUAUGACAUAUGUCCAUGGUACAUGGCUUAAACAUAAAGAGAAGUUCCUUCGAUAUGAAACAAACAAAGUUCUUCAUUUCGGAAACAGAACAACUUGUAGGGUCGAGAGCCAACAUUCAGUUUUGAAGAGUUGGCUUGGCAAUUCACAUGGGGCAUUGGAUACUGUGUUCAGAAAGGUGCAUGCUGCAGUUGAGAACCAGUUCAUUGAGAUUAAAAAUCGCUUAGAGAGCUCGAGACAGAAGCAUGGUGUGAAGUACGACGGAUUUCUGUUUCAACAUCUUACCGGUCGUGUUUCACAUCAUGCUUUGCACCUUAUUUUAGAAGAGCAGAAAAGGAUGUGGGAGUUGAGUGUUGAAGUGUAUGAGCGUUGCGGUUGUGCUUUGUUGACGACCCACGGACUCCCAUGUGCUUGCACCAUUUUCACAGCUAAUCAAGGUGGUGUUGGGUUGUACAUUGAUUUGAUUGAUCCAUUUUGGAAGACCUUGCGGAUUGGGGAAGGGGCGAAUAUUCCCCAAUUCCUCGAGGAGACCGCACAGGAUGCAGAUCACUUUUGA